UGCAGGAAAACCCUGGCGGAAUCGCAGGACUCCGACCUCUCCCUCGUGCCGCCUUGGUUCCGUUGAACCCCUCAAUUCUUCCCAGUUUUACCUUCUAAGGGAGAGGUUUGUGAUGUGGCUGUUCCUGGACGGACCCAAAGCGUUCCCAGGGGCCUGAUCCGGAGCCGCUCGAGGCAGGACACCACGGUGAGGGUCCUGCUGCCACCUGCUCCAAUGGAGCAGCCGCCCGAGCGGGAAGGGACGAUCCUGGCCCCUUCCAGCGGUGAAGGGACCUGCCAGCUCCCCAAGGAGGCCGUCAGUGGGGAAGAAAUGCCAGCUGGCAGCCGGGAUAGCCCGGCACUGGAUGGGCAAACUGCCAUGCCACGCGGCGGGGAGGCGGACGUGCCUUCCAGCCCUGGCGUGGGGCAGCCAGGCUGUGCCUCACAUCUCCCCUCCGAUGAGCAUCCGAGGGAAGAUGCUCGGGAGAAGCAGCCCGCGGAGGGUGGGGGGUCCCUGCCAGGUGCCCCUGUGCCCAGCCUGGAUGCCAGGGCGGUGGGGUUACCGGCUGAGCCCCCCCAAACCCGAACCCCCAGUCGGGACGCGGAGGCAGAUUUUUAUUGCGUGAAGUGGAUUACCUGGAAAGGCGAGCGGACGCCUGUCAUCAUGCAGAGCGAGAACGGGCCCUGCCCGCUCCUGGCCAUCAUGAACAUCCUCUUCUUGCAGUGGAAGGUGAAGCUGCCCCCGCAGAAGGAGGUGAUCACAGCUGAGGAGCUGAUGGCACAUUUGGGGGAUUGCAUCUUGUCCACCCAACCCCGGGAGCCGUCGGAGGGGCUGCAGCUCAACUUCCAGCAGAACAUCAAUGACACCAUGACGGUCCUCCCCAAGCUCUCGACAGGGUUGGAUGUCAACGUGCGGUUCACGGGUGUCUCGGACUUUGAGUACACGCCCGAGUGCAUUGUUUUCGACCUCCUCAACAUCCCACUCUACCACGGCUGGCUGGUGGACCCCCAGAGCCCGGAGGUGAUGCAAGCUGUGGGCAAGCUGAGCUACAACCAACUGGUGGAGAAGAUCAUCACCUGCAAACAGGCCAGCGACUCCAGCCUGGUGAGCGAAGGGCUGGUGGCAGAACAGUUCCUGGAGUCCACGGCCUCCCAAUUGACCUACCAUGGGCUUUGCGAGCUUACCACCACCGUCAGGGAGGGCGAGCUCAGCGUCUUCUUCCGCAACAACCACUUCAGCACCAUGAUAAAGCACAAGGGCCACCUCUACCUGCUGGUGACGGACCAGGGCUUCCUGCAGGAGGAGAGGGUGGUCUGGGAGAGCCUCCACAAUGUGGAUGGAGACAGCUGCUUCUGCGACACUGAUUUUCAUCUCAGCCACACUCCGGGUAAGGAGGGGGCCACUGCAGCCCCCCUGGACCACCGGCUCCAGCAGAGACAAGUGGACCAGGAUUACAUGAUUGCCCUGUCCCUGCAGCAGCAGCAGGGACAGGACCCGUCUGUGCUCAGUGACCUGGAGCUCGCCCACCAGCUGCAGCAGGAAGAGUAUCAUCAUCAUCAUCAUCAUCAGCAGCAGCGGCAGCAGCAGGUCCCAGUGCAGGGCCGUGCGCAGCUGGGCAGCCGGCCAGCUGGAGAACGGAGACAGCGGCAGAAGCCAGACUUGGACUGCACCCUCCUAUAGCACCCGGGGCCCGGCUCCCCAUGGGGGGGCACCCGUGGGGGCCCUGCCUCAUCCCCGCUGUGGCCCCCACCCCGGAUCCCGGCCAGGCUGGGGCGUGUGGUGGGGUCCCUGCAGCCGGAGCCCCCCGACUCCUCACUCUCAUCUGUCCUCCAGGGAGAUCUCACAGGGGUCCCUGGGGACACGAGUGGGGGGGACACACACGCACGAGGGGGUAUCCUUCCUUCUUCCCCACUGCCGGGACCACCCAAAUCUUUCCAGUGGCCUUAACACAUGGGGGGGCCCACCCGGGGGCGUCCCACCGGUCCCUGCUCUGAGA